UUAAAACAUUAUUUCAAUAUAUAACUUUGCAGCUCGCCACUGCUCCAGUGACUGGCCGGUGACAAUUACAGCUGCACAGACAGCACGACGCUCCCGGCGCCGCCAGCACAAGCUUCGCACGGCGCUCAUCAUCCCGAGGACGCCGUGAUGUCAGCGUCAGAGCCGUAGGCGCAUGCUCACACCGAGGCAGGCUCGCGGAUCCUAUUUGUCUUCGGUACAGUGGAAAGAUACAGUGAGGCGGACGAGCGCCGAGACCGAGAGAGAAGCAGCCCCGUCCGCUACUCGGACGCGAUCCUCGGCUAAUCCCUCGGCGCCCCAACCCCGAAGCCAACAAAACCUUUGAGGCGACUUUGCAGCGGUAGAUUGGGCCGUCAGACGGAGGUGCCGGGACGUGUUUUUAUUUUAUACGUAUUGUCCCCCGGGCUUGUUCAGCAUGAGGUUACGGAAAAACGCACGGUCCUUGGCGGCGGAUGGACGUGGGCAGGAAGAGCUGGCUCCUCCGUUCAGGAACCCCUUUGUGCACGACUUGCGAUUCACUCCCCUGGAGAAAGCCAGGAUCGCCGUCAUGACGUUAACGUUAUUUCCUGUCCGCCUCUUCUUCGCCGCCUUCAUGAUGCUGUUGGCCUGGCCCUUCGCCUUCAUCGCCACCGUCGGCCGCUCUGAGGAAGUCGUGGAGCCGCAGUGCUGGUGGCGGAGGGUGGUGGAUGUGAUUCUGAAAGCCAUUAUGCGGGCGAUGUGGUUUGCCGGGGGCUUCCACUGGAUGACUGUGAAGGGGCAGCAGGCUUUACCAGCUGAAGCGCCGAUCCUCACGCUCGCUCCGCACUCUUCCUACUUUGAUGCCAUUCCCGUCACCAUGACGAUGGCUUCCAUCGUGAUGAAGGCGGAGAGCAAGGACAUCCCAGUCUGGGGCACUCUCAUCAAGUACAUCCGGCCCGUGUUCGUAUCGAGGUCGGACCAGGACUCCCGUCGGAGGACCGUGGAGGAGAUCAGACGUAGGGCCCAGUCCGGAGGGGAAUGGCCACAGAUUAUGAUAUUCCCUGAGGGAACAUGCACAAACAGAUCCUGCCUGAUCACAUUUAAGCCUGGGGCGUUCAUUCCCGCCGUUCCAGUUCAACCUGUGGUGUUUCGCUACCCCAACAACAUGGAUACCAUCACUUGGACGUGGCAAGGACCUGGGGCGUUCAAGAUACUGUGGCUUACCUUGUGCCAGCUGCACAACCAGUUUGAAAUCGAGUAUCUCCCCAUCUACACCCCAUCCGAGGAGGAGAAGCAGAACCCCACCCUCUUCGCCAACAACGUGAGGCGGCUGAUGGCCAAGGCACUGGGUGUUCCCAUCACAGACUACUCUUUCGAGGACUGCCAACUCGCCAUGGCCGAGGGCCAGCUGCACCUCCCAGUGGACACUGGCCUGCUGGAGUUUGCCGGGCUCGUGAGGCGAUUGGGCUUGAAACCGGGAAACACUGAAAAGGCCCUGUGGGAAUGUGGGGAGAGAGCCAGCAAGUUACAAAGAGAAAAGCUGCCCUUGGAGGACUUUGCGCAGUAUCUGGGUGUCCCAGUUUCAUCCGCGCUGAGAGACAUGUUUGAUCUCUUUGAUGAAAAUGAGGAAGGCAAAGUGGACGUAAGGGAGUACGUUAUCGCCUUAUCGGUUGUAUGCAGACCAUCGAAAACUCUGGAUACGAUAAAGCUGGCUUUCAAGAUGUUUGAGGCAGAAGAGGAUGGAGCGAUCAUAGAGGCCGAACUGGCAUGCAUUUUAAAGACGGCCUUAGGGGUGUCAGACCUGAAAGUAACGCGGCUCUUCCAUGCUAUCGAUGUUGACAACAAAGGAAAAAUCACAUUUGACGAGUUCAGCAGCUUUGCAGAGGAGCGCCCUGACUUUGCCAAGGAAUACCUCCAUCCAGACCGGGCAAGCUUCCAAAGUGGCGUUGAAUCCCUGUCCAACGUGGCCAAUGGCUUCUGCCCAGACAUCACUCCCGAAGAACAUGACGGCCCCCGGAACAUUCACCGUAAGAAGCUCAACUGAGUGCCCGCUUGCUGCGUUUGCCACCUCUCUCCUGGAGAGAGAGGUCAUGCGGGCUCAGCAUACCCUGCAGGGCCAGCUAGAUGAACUGUUACGUUCCACCCCAUAUCUCCUCAUCCGCUACAUGCUGGGAUUAUUGUUUUAAAUCAUUUUUGAGAAAGAGAUUGGAAUCUCUAAAGGCAAAUAAGCUUCUCCGUAAAAUAUGUGGAAGCUCUUAUUUUACUUUAAGUAGCUCUGUGUUCCAGAUGCAUGUUUUUGAACGAAAACAGCGGGGAUUAAAAGAGCCUCGGUUGCGCUGUAAUGCCUCAAGUCAAUCGUUAUCGUGUUCAUUUUUGUGCGUGGAUGUUUUGUAAUAGCAGCCUUGGAAGUAAUGCGUCGAAAUGUGAGCAUUUGGUUAUUGUGGCUUCACAGUGGGUUCACGCAGUAUUAUUAGGAGCCUGAAAAUUUAGCGUCUUUAAGCAGCGUUAGUGAGGGGGGGGGGGUGUCCCGCGGGUUUCCUGCUGUACUUUAGGGGAGCUUGACAGCAGAUGAAGUGGCCCCUAUGCUGGUUAUAAUGGACAAAUCGGUUUUAUGAUUAGCAGAGGGGAUUGGUUGUUUGACUAGGGUAAUUAGCUAGUAGAGUCUCAUAAAGCUUUCCUGGGUUGGCACAUCUUCCUGUCUGGCCAACCGUUCAUCAUCCUUUUUUUAACUUGUUUUUAAAUCCGUGCCCCUCCACACUUAGACAUUCCUCAGACGAAAAAAAAAAAUGUUUUCUAAGAAAAAUUGCUCCGUGGACCAAAUACAUCUAGAUAUGGCUGAAAUACUUAAGGCAAACCCUUAUUUUAACCGUUAGAAAAUUUCAGGCCUUGUGCGGUUUUAUGAAUGGGACGUGAAAAUCACGGCUCCCGCACUUGGGACCGGGCUCAGAAAAUAAUCGCUACGUUCUGUGAAGUCGACAUCGCACCAGCUUGUCCUUAUGCCUUAUUUGGAGAUGGAUGGGGAAAUUUAAUCACAUUUUUUUCUCCACUAGUCCCCAUUUAAAAUUGCCCGGCCCGAAUGUGUUGAUUUCAGAUUUGCAUUAAAUGUUUCCCCCUUUUCAAUACAAAAUAAACGUCUUCCUUGGUUCCUGCAUGUACCAGAUAAAUGCUAGGAACAAAGGUUUAAGAAUCACCGAUUUAAUUUUUUUUUUGUUAGUUCAGUGUCUGUAUCCAUAAGAUCCUUUAGCAAAGAUGACUGAACAUAGUUGGUUAUGAUUUUUGUAAAUAAUUGGUUAAUAAAAGUUAGAUUUGCACAUUGUUUGCACUUUUUUUAAUGUGGAAUGUUAGGUUGUCUUUUUUUGAAGGGGGGUGGGGGGACAAUGCAGUUUUCUGGAGAACCUCACUUUCAUCAACAUUUUAUACGCAUUUCCGUUAUAGUAUUUUCAAAAUCCCUCGAUACGUAACUUUCUGGCAGUUGUUUAAUACACCUGAAAAAAAAAUUUUCCAUACAAAAUUGUUACAUUUAAAUAGUUUUUAACACAUGGUGGUGAUCUGUUUUUAAAUAUGGGUUAAGAUAUUUGCAUACAUUUUAUGAUACAAACCCAGAUGUUUUUAAUGUCCAUUUAAAACAAAACAAGCAUUCAACGGUUUUCUUCCUAAGGAUGUGUAUCUGCUUCCUAGUUUUAUAAGCCAAACUAUAGUUGUGUUACAUUGGUUAAAAGUGUUUUUGUAGGCAUAAAUUAUUUUUGUGUUUUUAACUUGUCAUAAAGGUCCAGGGAAAAUUGAAAUUAGCUAGUCUUCAUAAUAGUGAAAAUGUGAACGUAAAAGAGAGAAUCCAAAAAUUGGGUGUCCUGUACUAUAAGCUGACACCUGUCCAGCCUUGAAAUGACUUCUAUCCUUCGCCUGUAUUCAGCAUGAUUUAAUAGGGAGAGGGGUGAGCACGCGAUUUCCAGCAUCUGCAUGUAGCUUAUUCCGUGGCACGAACCUGGCAGCGCUCACAGCUGUAUCCUCACAGAACCCCCGGUUUUAUGCUUAUGCCCGGGAUACGUCUGUCGGAUGUACAUGGACAUGUGAAAGCCCGUUUUCUUUUAUUUCCUUCCCUUUUUUAAACUGACAUUUUAGUCCAUCUAAAAGCCGCUUGUUUUUUUUUGUGAUGGUCAGAGAUGUGGUUUUACACUAAAGGCUGUCUUGGCUGCCAGAAAUAACGGUAUGUCUGACUAAAGACCUGUUAGAAAGUUGUAGGUAAACCUAGUUAAAAACAAGUUGGCGGUUAAUGUUGUUUUUUUUUUUUUUUUUAACUAUUAUAGUCCAGGUCUUGUUAUAUUAUAAUUAGUAUUCCUACAUACUAAAUGACAGUGGCAGAAAAUUGUAGCAUUUGAUCCCAAGCAAAUGUUACGAUGCAGUACUAAUGCCUUACAGUUCACUUUUUUUAUUGGUCCUUUUUAAAACGGAGUUGCUGUGACUUUGCUAUUGGUAGAAUAUUGGAUGAUCUUAAACUUACUGGUUUACACUUGUUACUCCUUCCCCUAUUUGGAUAUAGUGUCCCGCUUUCACAGUAUGGUUUGCACUGUGGCUUUACACUGGUCCCAUUUAAUUUGUUACUUCCCCGGAUUUUUAACGGUGUCCUAUGAAGAUAAUAAGGUAUAAGGUUCUUUGCUAGCUGUUUUGAAUUUUCCAAAUACAGGGCAUUUUGUGAAUUUUGAUAUACAGUGAUAGAUUUCCCUCCCCUUCUUCACACUGCCAUGUGUACUUGAUCUAGAUCAUUUUAUGUUUUAUAUUUCUGGUUUGGAUACGCGUCCUGUACCUUUUACAUUUUUUUUGUACGAUGAUGGUAAAUAAUGCUAGACGAAAGUAUUCCUGCAUUCCACCUAUUUUUUAAAUGUGUUUGUUUAUUUUCCAUUUAAAUGGGGACAAAAAAAAAAGCAUAAAUGAUCAUUGAACGAAGUUUUAAAACAUGUUUCUUAUAAGAGUGAAUGUAUUACAAAGUCAUUCCUUCGCAGUCGAGUUUCAGAUGUGUUUUUAGAUAGCAUCGACCACAGUCUUAUUUUUACAUGAAUGUCUUGGUUUUUUUUUUUUUGCCUGUUAAGAUGACCUUGACUAGCAGUUAUUCUGUGCAUGACAGGCCUUUUACCAGGCAGGUGUGGGAUUCCAUGUUCAUGGGGGGGUAGAGGAGUUUAGGCAGUGUUUAAAUGUUCACCUCUCACCUUGAUUAGCGUGUUUGUGCUGCCAUCUCACUAGAUUUUGAUUCAAGUUGUUCACUAAAAUGUGACGCCAUCUUUUGAGUUUUUCAGCUAUUGCUGUUGAGAACAGACGGUGUUCUGCAAUCACACCUUGAAAGAAGCAGCCAGUUGACAAUUUUCUUUCCCUUUAAGAGGAUGUUGUUGAAUGUGUAUGCAUGUGGUCUGUCCCACCUGUAUGACUGCCUCUUCUCAGGAUCUCUGCCUAUCUAAGCUGGAGUGCUGUUUUUAUUAUGAUUGCUAGUUGACAGAUUGUACAUACAGCUUGACAAUUACAUAAAUAAUGACUAGAACUGUAAAAGCAAUUAUUUGCUUUUAUAAAUUCUGAUACAUGUGGGGUUACUGUAAGAUGAAGGUAUUCAGUCCUUGAUCCGCAACAGUCACUCUAAUUCAGAAUAGCUGGUCACUUGUGAAAUUCUGUAAACAGCGCUGUGAAAUUUCUCCCACUGAACCCAAUAGGGACAGACGGGCAGGGGGAGAUAUUUGGGAACACGAGCUGAUUUUUAUUUUGUGUAUCUAUUGCUUGUUUAAAUACCUCGUAAGAAGAACCCAUCGGUCAGUUAACAAUUUUUGAAAGGGUCAUUAAAAAAAUGAACUGAAGUUUUACUUUAUCCUUUUAUUGCCUGCUUGCUACUGCUCCACAAUCAGCUGAAGACGAAAGACGUCCUGUUUCCUCUCCUUACUGGAGUGAUGCCCGUCUUUCUGAUGGCUUCUUGUGUGGGGCUGCAUUCCCCUUUUCUUACUUUACUUUUCCCCUUUGUUUUUAACAUAUGUAAAGAUUUGCAUCAAACUACCUUGGACUGUCUAAUUGAGACUGGUAUGAUUUAACUUGUCAUUGUGACUCAAUAAUAAAAAAAAAGAAAAUGUG